GUACUUGAUUAACCAUGUCUGGAAUACAAAAUACAAUGUUGCACGUGACGAUCAGAAUCUUUCAGGGGAACAUUCAGACUGCGAUCGACUGUCACACAAGUGGUUAUGGAUAAACCGUGCAUAUUAGCCACCACACUUGGAGCACCCGGAGGCAUCUACAAGUGUUUUGAACCUUGUAUCGAGAAACACUUUACUAUUAUCACAUUUGAGAGGUUUGUACAGAGGAAAGAAUACUUCGCCGCUAAAAUCCAGGCACUGUUUGUGUGGGGUGGAGCUAUUAAAGUUGACCAAAACCUGUUACAGUCUUUGCCCAACCUCAAAGCUGUCGUUAAUGGUGGGGUAGGAGUAGACCACCUUGAUAUUCCUCUGAUAAAUAGCUUUGGAAUCAAAGUUUCCAACACUCCUCAUGUGGUGGAUAAUGCCACUGCAGAUAUUGGCAUUUGUUUGAUGUUGGCAUCUGCAAGAAACAUUGUUGAGGGGCACAAUUUUUCCAAGUUCCGGGAAUUUGAUGAUUUUCCAGAGUCCUCUCUGGGCACUGAUGUUAGUGGAGCCACCCUGGGCAUCAUCGGCAUGGGAAGAAUAGGUUACAAAAUCGCCAAGAGAGCUCAAGGGUUUGAGAUGAAAAUCCUUUACCACAAUAGGAAUCAAAGGCCUGAGAGUGAAGAAAAAGCAGUUGGGGCCAUGUAUUGUGCAAGCAUGAAGGAGCUGCUACAGAGGUCAGACUUUGUCAUGGUGGUGGUCAAUCUGUCCCCACAAACGCACAAACUGAUUGGUGCCAAAGAGUUUGCCAUGAUGAAACCCAAUAGCACCCUUAUCAACAUCAGCAGAGGUUUGGUAGUAGACCAAGAUGCUUUAGUGGAUGCUCUCCAGAAGAAAAUGAUACGAGCUGCUGCUUUAGAUGUCACGUAUCCUGAACCAUUGCCCAGGGAUCAUCCCCUGCUGUCCUUCCCAAAUGUCAUCGUCCUCCCUCAUUUAGGAACCCACACCAUGGAGACGUCGCAGAUCAUGGUGGAGAGGAUGGUGACCAAUGCCUUGGCUGCUCUAACUGGAGGCCAGCUCCCUGAUGAAAUCAAGGCAUAGUGCCAGAUCACAGAGCCAUCUGUCCCUUCUUUGUUUUUAACCAGUAAAACAAAAAUUACUAAUAGAGAUGGUAAUCAUCACAUUUUAAAAACUGGUUAGUACAAUGUAUAGUAGAUGUGAUUGUUUUGUGAUUUUGUGUGGAUGUGCAUAUGAGCCUCCUUUUAAAUGUUACAUGGAUACUUUAUAUGUUAAUUCAAUAUAGAAUAUUACGUUUUUAGUUAAAUUGAACAGCUUAUGAUAAAUUAAUAUAUCUCCCUUCAACAAAAUCUGUCACAACUGUGAUCAUUUAAUAAAAAAUGAUCCUGAUGCUUUGAAAGAAUUAAAAAAUAAACUUUUCAACAGGC